AAGUGUUCUUCCCUCUUCAUCACCAAACCUAUCCAGCUCCUGCUCCGGUACUCCUUCCUGUCUCAAGCAACAGAGAUUUUUUUUUUCUCUUUUUCUUUUUCCAAAAUCCAAAAAUUUGAGCGAAACAAAACGAAAAUAACGUUCCUUUUCAAACUUAUGUUUCCUCCGAAUGCCCCAGACGAAACUGAGUGAGAAAAUUAGGGUUUUAAAUUUGAAAGGAAGCUUUUGAUUUUAGUUGCCGCUACUUCCUCCCGCCAGUCACCGUACCACUCGCCGACGGGCUUUCUCUGCCGGAGUUCCAAGUUCGUUGUUGCUGGUUUAUUCUCCUUCCUGUAAACUGAACUCUGAAUCGUGAACCCAUUAAGUCUAAAUCUUGGAUCCACCUCUGUCCUCAAAUAUGAUGACGAGUGGUGAUCCUCAUCAACAUCAGCACCAGCAGCACCAGCCGAUGCCACAACAACAAUUCCAGCACCAACACCCUCCACAUUUUGGAGAGUUUCCAAGGGGUCCUCAACCUCCACCAGGUCCACCUCCCAUGAUGCGGCAGCCAUCUGCAUCCUCCACUACUCUUAAUGCUCAGCCACCUGGACCUGCUCCUCAUCCUUCUUAUGAUGCUCAUGCUGACAGUUUUGCUGCAAAGAGAAUGAGAAAAAUUGGUCAAAGAAGAGCAGUUGAUUACACUAGUACAGUUGUAAGAUAUAUGCAGAUCCGCAUGUGGCAGCGCGACUCGAGGGAUAGGACAGUGUUACAACCUAGUCCAGCAGCAGCAGUUGAUGUAUUGCCAGCAGUUGCCUAUUUGGAUAAUCCCUCCACAAGUUUUGCUGCUAAAUUUGUUCAUACAUCUCUAAAUAAAAACCGUUGUUCAAUCAAUUGUGUUGCGUGGACUCCUAGUGGGCGGCGCCUCAUUACUGGAUCUCAUAGUGGUGAAUUCACACUCUGGAAUGGGCAAUCGUUUAACUUUGAAAUGAUACUUCAGGCUCAUGAUCAAGCAGUUAGGUCAAUGAUAUGGAGCCACAAUGAUAACUGGAUGGUCACUGGUGAUGAUGGAGGCACAAUAAAGUAUUGGCAAACCAAUAUGAAUAAUGUCAAAGCCAAUAAGAAUUCACAUAAAGAAUCUGUACGGGGAUUAAGCUUCUGUAGUACAGAUUUAAAAUUCUGCUCCUGUUCUGAUGACACAACUGUUAAAGUAUGGGACUUUGCAAGGUGCCAAGAAGAGCGCUCAUUAUCUGGCCAUGGUUGGGAUGUGAAGAGUGUUGAUUGGCACCCUACAAAGUCUCUAUUAGUCUCAGGUGGAAAAGAUAAUCUUGUUAAACUUUGGGAUGCCAAGUCAGGGAAGGAGCUUUCCUCAUUUCAUGGGCAUAAGAAUACUGUUCUCUGUGUAAAGUGGAAUCAAAAUGGUAACUGGGUCCUUACUGCUUCCAAAGAUCAAAUUAUCAAGCUUUAUGACAUAAGGGCUAUGAAGGAGCUUGAAUCAUUCCGGGGACAUCAGAAGGAUGUGACAUCAUUGGCCUGGCAUCCGUUUCAUGAAGAGUAUUUCGUUAGCGGAAGCUUUGAUGGUUCAAUAUUUCAUUGGCUUGUGGGGCAUGAAGCUCCUCAAGUUGAAAUUACAAAUGCACAUGAAACUGGUGUUUGGGAUCUUGCAUGGCACCCCAUUGGCUAUCUCCUUUGCAGUGGCAGCAAUGAUCAGACAACAAAGUUCUGGUGCAGAAAUAGGCCUGGGGAUCCAGCUCGUGAUAAAUUCAAUUUGGGACAGCAAGGUUUGGGUGAUCAAAACAAUGUUCUUGGUCGCAUGCCUGGUAAUUUUCCAGGUCCUGAGCCCCCAUCAACUCCUGGAGCAUUUGCCUCUGGCUUGUUACGAACUGAGGGUACAAUACCUGGAGUUGGAGCUGCAUUGCCACUAUCGCUUGAUUCAUCUCAAGGAGAACAGAAGUCUUCCAUGCCAGUUUCAAUGCCUAUAGGAGCUCCCCCUCUUCCUCCUGGUCCACAUCCAUCUCUUCUUGCGGGUAAUCAGCAGCAAGCAUAUCAACAAAACAUGCAGCAAGCUCAGCACCAGCAGUCACUACCUCAACAAAUGACUUCUCAUCCUUUGCAACCGUCGAAUUUGCCACAACUACAGCCUCCACAUAUGCCUCUAAUGCCGCAUCCUCAUUUACCUCGGCCACCACACCAACUACAACAAGUAAACAUGCCUGGCCUUCCGUCUUCAAUGCCAGGUUCUGGACCCAUCCAAGGAAUGCCUAUCCCUGGUCCAAUGGGGAUACAAGGUAACAUGAAUCAGAUGGUUCCUCCAAUGCCUCAAGGUCAUUUUGUGGGCAUGCCUUCUGGAUCUGGACCACAGGGCAAUGUUCCUCCAGGUGGAAUGCCAAAUGGACUACCAAACAUGCAAGGCCCUCAAAACCCAGGAGGUAAUCAGAUGUUUCCACCAGGACGAGGCUUCAACAGGCAACAAGCUGGACAAAUGCCACUCAUGCCUGGACAUAAUCCUUAUCAGCAAUCUGGAAAUCCAAACACACCUGGAAUGCACAUGCAGUCAAACUUCGGUCUUCAAUCUGGAAUGCCUCCGCCAUUGCCACCGGGGCCGCCUCCACAUAAUCAAGGACAUCAAUAGGCCAUUGUUUAUAGUCUCUUUCGAGUGUAACGAGCUUUGUUCAAGUUGUUUGUUGAAAAUCUCUUCUCUGCACUAGUUUGAUAGCAUCGCUGUAUUUUCUUAGAUGUAUUUUUUGAUAAUUUUCUGAAUUUUUAAUUCGGUAAAAUAUUUUGAACACUUUAACUUUACAAAUUCUUUGUGAUGCUUGGGUUAACAUUUUGACACUUGCAGUGAAAGCUUUUCUGUUAGGUGUAAAUGACAAACCAUCAGAUUGAAGGGCAGUGAAUCCUUUGUUUAUUUGGCUGUCC